UAAUACUAGUAUUACGAAGUCAGAACUCAGAGCACACUUGGUCGAGAGGGACGAUGGCGCCCCUAGCUUCACGUCUCUUCCUAGUGGUGCUGGCGCUUGUUCGGGCCUUCUCCGCUACCGCGAAGCCGCACUACACCGGCGUUUUAAGCUUCGGCGACUCGCUUGCCGACACCGGGAACGAGCUCGCGCGCACCGGCGGCGGGCUUGCCAGCGUGCCGCCGUACGGCGAGACCUUCUUCGGCCACCCCACCGGCCGUGCGUCCGACGGCCGGGUCGUCCUCGACUUCAUAGUUGAGGCGCUGGGGAUGCCAUCGCCGAAGCCGUAUUUCGCCGGCAAGACCGCGGCGGACUUCCGGCGGGGCGUCAACUUCGCGUACGGUGGGUCGACGGCGCUUGGCCCGGAGUUCUUCCUGAGCAGAGGGCUUAGGUCGUUCGUGCCCGUCUCGCUCGCAAACCAGACCGCCUGGUUCAAGAAUGUUGUACAGCUAGCCGGCUCAGAACAAGAGCAGAGGAAGCUGACGGCGACGAUGCUGGUCAUGAUGGGAGAAAUGGGAAUCAACGACUACCUCGUCGCCAUCACCGGAAAGCUCAGCGACGGUGAGAUCCGGACCUUCGUGCCGCACAUCGUCCGCGCCAUCCGUGAUGUCGUGACCGAUGUGAUCGGUGCGGGAGCAAAAACGGUGGUGGUCCGGGGGAUGAUACCGCUGGGUUGCCAACCGCAGAUGCUAGCCCUCUUCGAGGGCACCGGCGCCGCCUACAGCCGUGCGACCGGCUGCCUGACGCGGCUCAACGACCUCGCCAGGCUGCACAACCGCGCGCUGAUGCGCAUGGUCCUUGACCUCCGGCGUGCCCACCGCGGCACGGCCAUCCUCUACGCGGACCAGUACGACCCCGUCGCCGCCAUCGUCCUCUCGCCCCGCAAGUACGGGUUCGGGGACAGGCCGCUGGCGGCGUGCUGCGGGAGGAGCGGCACCUACAACUUCGACUCCAACUACGCCACCUUCUGCGGCGUGGCCGGGGCGACGACGUGCACCAACCCCUCCAAAUACGUCUCGUGGGACGGGAUACACAUGACCGACGCCGCUAACUGGCAUGUCGCCGGCGCCGUGCUCAGGUCCACCAUGUUGCGCCAAACGCCACCUACGGCAGACCUCGCCUCCAGCUAGCUAUAUUAUGUUGGCAAUGCCCUUGCUCGGUGUAUGUUAUGGGAAUUGCACGAUGUAUUGCUCUUCGUGCAUAGGCACGUAUAUAUAUGAUGUACAAAGAUGGGUCACGGACCUCAAUUAUAUAAGGAACUAGGAGGCAGACCCAAUACACAA